AAACCCGACAGACAUCGCCCCCUCACUGGCACUCCAAAGUCCAAAGAACCAAAAUACACACCAAAGAACUCCGACAAAGAAACGAGCCCCAAAUCACUCAAUCCAGAGCAACGGCGGCCACCACAACAAUGCCUCCCCACCACCUCGCUCUCCUCUUCCUCGUGCUUCUGCUCUCUUCCCCAACGCUCUCCCUCGCCGCCUCCGCCUGCGCGAGCGAGAAGUUCCCGGCGGGGCGCAAGUACGCCAACUGCGAGGACCUGCCGCAGCUGGGGGCCGCCCUGCACUGGACCUACGACGACGCCACAGCCGCCCUCUCGCUGGCCUUCGUGGCGGCGCCGGCCAAGCCCGGCGGCUGGGUGGCCUGGGGCCUCAACCCCAUCGGCAGCGGCAUGGCCGGCGCGCAGGCGCUCGUCGCCCUCAGGCCGUCUCCCUCGGCGCCGGUGGCCGUCAGGACGUACAACAUCACGGGCUACGUGCCGCUUGGCGGGGACUCGACGCCGCUCGCGUUCCCGGCCACGGAGCUCGCCGCCGACGAAGAAUCCGGGGGGAAGAUCAUCCGGGUGUACGGGAAGCUGCAGCUGAGGAAGGGGAUGAAGGAGGUGAGCCAGGUCUGGCAGGUGGGGCCGUCUGUCAGCAAGGGCGCCCCCGACAAGCACGACGUCGCCGCCGGCAACCUCGCGGCCAAGGCCACGCUCGUGCUCGCCGGCGGAUCCGGCAAGGCGGCGGCGGGCCCCGCGCCGGCGCCGACGAGCGGUGGUGGGCCGGAUGCUGGCGAGGGCGCUGGGACGGUCACGGCGCCGGCCGCGGGGACGACGACCCCCUCGGCCUCGGCCUCGGCGGCCGGCAUGUCUUCGGCCACGUUUCUCGUGCUGGCAUCGGCAGCUGCUUUCUUCUUGGCGUAGGUAGUAAGCAAUUUUCAAGCAUGCAUAUGAGAUGGUUGAUGAGCGGCAUCAUCAAUCGUCAUCAUUUCUUGGCGACAAGGGUGUCGAGCACUAUGAUUAAUUAAUUAAUUAGCGGAGGCUUGGCUUGGGGACUUGGGGCCAUGCAUCGGCACGGGCAGGAGGACGAAGGAAGCCAUUUUUUCUCGAUGGAUGAAUGAUACUGGAGUAUUGUUCUUCUCAGUAUUUUCUAUCCAUCCCGAUUAAUUCUUUUCCAUUUGAGAAAUAAGAGAUGGCUGCAGCCUGGUGCAUUUUGGUUUUGCGACAAUUUUUAUGAAACGGAGGGAGCAGCGUAUUUAUGUACUGCUGGACUGGUUGGUCCGUGAUUAUUACCACUGCGCCGACAGUCAUUGAUAUUCAUCAUAUGGGCUGAUUAAGCCUUUUCAUCCUCA